AUGGAGGCAUCUACAAUCACAGUUCAUUGGCAUAAUGAAAGUCAGCCGAUAUAUUCUGUCGAUUUUCAAAAAUUAAAUGAAAACAACAAACCGAUAUCGGGACGUUUGGUGACAGGUGGAGGUGACAACAACAUACGAAUGUGGAAAUUGAUUUCUUUAGGAGACUCAAAACAACAUUCUGUUGAGUAUCUAAGUACAUUACAUAAACAUACCCAAGCAGUAAAUGUAGUCCGAUUUAAUCCGGCAGGCAAUGUAUUGGCAUCAGCUGGUGAUGAUGGGACUCUUAUGCUUUGGAAAUUGAGUGAUACCAUUGUCAAAGAUUUUGAGAACGAUGAAGAGGAUGAUGAAUUGAAAGAAAGUUGGCAAGUUGCUGCACAACUUCGGUCAUCAACUUCGGAAAUAAUGGACCUUUGCUGGUCUCCUAGUGGUGAAUAUAUUGUUACUGGAUCGAUGGAUAAUAUAUUGAGGGUGUAUCAGUUGGAGAACUUAAAUGGAAAUGGCAAGGUUGUUGGGAAGUUGAUGCAUUCACUCAAGAAUCAUAAUCAUUAUAUCCAAGGUGUUUCGUGGGAUCCAUUGAACCAAUACAUAGCGAGUCAAUCUGCUGAUCGUUCUGUGAAUAUCUAUCGAAUCUCCCAAGAACCAGGACAAUUACUUGAUAUUAAAUUAUUUCACAAGUUUAACAAGUUUAAUUCACAAGGGAUGUAUUAUUCAGAAACAUUACAAUCAUUCUUCAGACGAUUAAGCUUUUCUCCAGAUGGUAGUUUACUUGCGACGCCCGCAGGUUUGGAAGAGUCUGCCGAAAGUGAAUCAUCCAAGAAUGUGGUAUAUGUUUAUUCAAGAGCAAGUUUAGGUACAGCACCUGUAUUUAAAUUAAGAGGAUUAAAUAAACCUGCGAUUGCCAUAUCUUUCCAUCCUGGUAGGUUUAAAUCAGUUGAGAAAAAUCUAUUGUCACACCCAUAUACUAUGAUAUUCGCAAUUGCUACACAGGAUAGUAUUGUUCUUUAUUCAACCGAAGAAUUUAAGCCUUUAGGGUUUGUUUCAAAUUUACAUUAUAGUACCAUAACUGAUUUGAAGUGGGAUAUAGACGGAUCUCGAAUAAUAGUGAGUUCAACAGAUGGAUUCUGUUCGGUUGUGUCGUUUGAAGAAGGGGUAUUUGGAGAAAUGUAUGUGGAAGAAGAAGAAGAAGAAGUGAGAGCUGCUGAGCAAAUAAUAAUACAAGAACCACAACAGACGGAAGUUGUUCUCAUACCGACAAGUCCGGCAUCGCAAGAACCGGAAAUCAUACAGGAAGUGACUAUUAUUGAAGAUGAAGGUAAACCCAAAAUAACACCUACGAUAGACUCAUUCUUUUCCAAGAACAAGAAACCAAAGAAGCGGAUUGCACCUACUUUAGUAACGCAGUAG